AUGUCUCUCUCUAUCUGUCUAUUUUACUUAGGUUUAAAUAUGUCCAUUCGUCUAUUUUACUUAGGUUUAAAUAUGUCUCUCUCUAUCUGUCUAUUUUACUUAGGGUUUAAAUGUCUCUCUCUAUCUGUCUUUCUUUAUCUAUUUUACUUAGGGUUUAAAUAUGUCUCUCUCUAUCUGUCUAUUUUACUUAGGUUUCAUGUCUCUCUCAUUUAUCUAUUUUACUUAGGGUUUAAAUAUGUCUCUCUCUAUCUGUCUAUUUUACUUAGGGGUUUAAAUAUGUCUCUCUAUCUGUCUAUUUUACUUAGGUUUAAACAUGCUCUCUCUCAUUAUCUGUCUAUUUUACUUAGGUUUAAUAUGUCUCUCUCUCUAUCUGGUCUAUUUUACUUAGGUUUAAAUAUGUCUCUCUCUAUCUGGUCUUUUUUAUUUAGGGGUUUAAAUAUGUCUCUCUCUAUCUGUUCAUUUUACUUAGGGUUUAACAUGUCUCUCUCUCUCUAUCUGGUUUUAAAUAUGUCUCUCUCUAUCUGUCUAUUUUACUUAGGGUUUAAAUAUGUCUCUCUCUAUCUGUCUAUUUUAUUUAGGGGUUUAAAUAUGUCUCUCUCUCAUCUGUCUAUUUUACUUAGGUUUAAAUAUGUCUCUUAUCUGUCUAUUUUACUUAGGUUUAUCUCUCUCAUCUGUCUAUUUUACUUAGGGUUUAAAUAUGUCUCUCAUUCGUUCAUUUUACUUAGGUUUAAAUAUGUCUCUCUCUUAUCUGUCUAUUUUACUAGGUUUAAAUAUGUCUCUCUCUAUCUGUCUAUUUUACUUAGGUUAAAACAUGUCUCUCUCAUCUGUCUAUUUUUACUUAGGUUUAAAUAUGUCUCUCUCUAUCUGUCUAUUUUAGGCUUAACAUGUUCUCUUUAUCUAUUUUACUUAGGUUUAAAUAUGUCUCUCUUCAUCUGUCUAUUUUACUUAGGGUUUAAAUAUGUCUCUCUUUUUAUCUAUUUUUUACUUAGGUUAAAUAUGUUGUCUCUCUCUCUAUCUGUCUAUUUUUUACUUAGGGGUUUAAAUAUGUCUCUAUCUAUCUGUCUAUUUUACUUAGGGUUUAAAUAUGUCUCUCUCUAUUAUCUAUUUUACUUAGGGUUUAAAUAUGUCUCUCUCUAUCUGUCUAUUUUACUUAGGUUUAAAUAUGUCUCUCUUAUCUGUCUAUUUUUUAAAUAUGUCUCUCUUUAUCUGUUUAUUUUAAUAUGUUGUCUUAUCUGGGGUUUAAAUAUGUCUCUCUCUAUCUGUCUAUUUUACUUAGGGUUUAAAUAUGUCUCUCUCUCAUCUGGUUUAAAUAUGUCUCUCUCUAUCUGUCUAUUUUACUUAGGGUUUAAAUAUGUCUCUCUCUCUAUCUGUCUAUUUUACUUAGGGUUUAAAUAUGUCUCUCUUUAUUUUACUAGGUUUAAAUAUGCUCUCUUAUCUGGUUUAAAUAUGUCUCUCUCUAUCUGUCUAUUUUACUUAGGGUUUAAAUAUGUCUCUCUUUAUCUAUUUUACUUAGGGUUUAAAUAUGUCUCUCUCUAUCUGUCUAUUUUACUUAGGGGUUUAAAUAUGUCUCUCUCUAUGUGUCUAUUUUACUUAGGGUUUAAAUAUGUCUCUUUAUCUGUCUAUCUUUUUUACUUAGGUUUAAACAUGUCUCUCUCAUUUUGUCUAUUUUACUUAGGGUUUAAAUAUGUCUCUCUUAUCUGUCUAUUUUACUUAGGGUUUAACAUGUCUCUCUCUAUCUGUCUAUUUUACUUAGGGUUUAAUAUGUCUCUCUUUAUCUGUCUAUCAUUUUACUUAGGGUUUAAAUAUGUCUCUCUAUCUGGUUUAAAUAUGUCUCUCUCUAUCUGUCUAUUUUUACUUAGGGGUUUAAAUAUGUCUCUCUUUUGUCUAUUUUACUUAGGGUUUAAAUAUGUCUCUCUCUAUCUGUCUAUUUUACUUAGGGGUUUAAAUAUGUCUCUCUCUAUCUGUCUAUUUUACUUAGGGUUUAAAUGUCUCUCUCUAUCUGGUUUAAAUAUGUCUCUCUCUAUCUGUCUAUUUUACUUAGGGUUUAAAUAUGUCUCUCUCUAUCUGUCUAUUUUACUUAGGGGUUUAAAUAUGUCUCUUUAUCUUUCUCUCUUUAUCUGUCUAUUUUACUUAGGGUUUAAAUAUGUCUCUCUGUCUAUCUGUCUAUUUUACUUAGGGUUUAAAUAUGUCUCUCUCUAUCUGUCUAUUUUACUUAGGGGUUUAAAUAUGUCUCUCUUUAUCUACUUAGGGUUUAAAUAUGUCUCUCUUUAUCUAUUUUACUUAGGGUUUAAAUAUGUCUCUCUCUAUCUGUCUAUUUUACUUAGGGGUUUAAAUAUGUCUCUCUCUAUCUGUCUAUUUUACUUAGGGUUUAAAUAUGUCUCUCUCUAUCUGUCUAUUUUACUUAGGGGUUUAAAUAUGUCUCUCUCUAUCUGUCUAUUUUACUUAGGGUUUAAAUAUGUCUCUCUCUUAUCUGUCUAUUUCUCUAUCUGUCUUAGGGGUUUAAAUAUGUCUCUCUCUAUCUGUCUAUUUUACUUAGGGUUUAAAUAUGUCUCUCUUUAUCUAUUUUACUUAGGGUUUAAAUAUGUCUCUCUCUAUCUGUCUAUUUUACUUAGGGGUUUAAAUAUGUCUCUCUCUAUCUGUCUAUUUUACUUAGGUUUAAAUAUGUCUCUCUCUAUCUUAUCUAUUUUACUUAGGGGUUUAAAUAUGUCUCUCUCUAUCUGUCUAUUUUACUUAGGGUUUAAAUAUGUCUCUCUCUAUCUGUCUAUUUUACUUAGGGGUUUAAAUAUGUCUCUCUCUAUCUGUCUAUUUUACUUAGGGUUUAAAUAUGUCUCUCUUUAUCUAUUUUACUUAGGGUUUAAAUAUGUCUCUCUCUAUCUGUCUAUUUUACUUAGGAACCACUCACCAGUGUCAGUUUCAUUCUCCCACUCUCUAACUAUUCUCCUCCUCCUCCUUUCCCAGUUACUUCUAUCUCUACCUGCCUUUAACCCCCCUCUACCAACCGGUGUCUGUUAUCUUUUUCUUCCUCAUCACUCUCUGCUCCAUUUCUCUUCACCUGCUUCUGGGCUCUUCCUUUACCAGUUUCUGUUCUCCUCUUUCUCCUCCUCCCCUGGAUAUUUUUUUUUUUUUUUUACUUUAUCUUUCAAUCUAUCUCUCACCCUACUCUGCUGCUUCUUCUACCCUCUCUUCUGCUUCCUGCAUUUUUACACUUGCUAUCUUAAAAGCAUUUACUUUGAAUCUAUGAAUAUUGAUGACAUUCAGUCAUGCAAGGAAAACAAUGGAAAAAAACCCAAGUUUUUUUUAUUCAUUAUUGAAGCCCUAAAACACCUGGCAUGA